UGCGCAUCCUUCCCGAGGCAUGGACCGAGUAAGUUGAUGACUGCUGCGAUGGAACUUGAGAUGCGCGCGGUUCUGCGACUGAGGCACUUGGCGGCCCUCAUCCGGCCUUUGUCCGUCUGUCCGUUCCGUCAUAUCUUCCCCAUGUCAUCAAGUUCGAUUCUUUCAUUAUUCGUUGGAUAGCUUCUCCCCGUCUGGAUCUUCGUUUCUUUUGCACCUCUUUGUGCGCUUCUUGGCGCAUUGGACCUCUUCUCAAUGUCGUCGGAUACUUCGUCAGCUCGGGAUGCCGAGAAUAAGGGGCCAACUGCUCUCGCAAUCGUCGUUUGUGUAUCAGUUCUCAGCACAGUCUUUACCGCGGCGAGACUCUUCACAAGGGGGAAGGUUCUCGGAAAAAUCAGUCUGGAUGACUACUUCAUUGUUGCGUCUGUGGUUUGUGGUUGGAUGAACGUAGCAACUGUAGCAGUUGCUGUGUCUUAUGGAUAUGGACGCCACGCCGAUACCCUUUCCAUCGACGAGAAGUCGGGUGCCAUGCUUUGGAGCAUCGCCGGUUAUCCGCCCGGACUACUUUCAUUCGGCAUUCCGAAACUCGCUGUUGUCGCGUUACUCACCCGAAUUCUGAACCCCAGUAGAUGGCACAAGAGGUUUCUUUGGGCCUUGUCUAUUACCUGUGUGGUCAACUUGGUUGGCUUUAUCACAAUCAUCUUCGCCCAAUGUUCACCAGCACGCUCUCAAUGGGACUCAUCAGUGUCUGGUAAAUGUUGGAGCAAGUGGAUCCUUGUGUCGUUCGCGACGUACUCAGGAGCGUUCUGUGCCUUUGCCGACGUCUACCUCUCCGUUUACCCUGCCGUUGUUUUGUCGAAACUACAAAUGAAUCGAAGAAAGAAAAUUGUGCUCAGCGUAGCUCUCGGUUUUGGGUCGCUAUCGGCAAUUGUAGUCAUCUACAAGUGUCUCAAACUCCCAAGCCUCACAAGCUCGGAUUACACAUAUGACACCGUCGAGCUUGUGAUCUGGACAGUUGUGGAAGGCAGUAUCAUCAUCAUAGCUGCAUGCAUCCCUGUCCUGCAACCCCUUGGCGAACUUCUCUUUGGCAAACGCAUCUUCUCCUCGCGCAAUGGCAAGUACUUGUCUGGAAACUCCAAAUCGAGACUCAGUGGCAGACUGGGGACAACCAAGGGACUUUUCCGAACCCCCGUCAAGAAGACUUCUCAAGAAGGUUUCGACGCAGAUAGUUUCAACAGCAUUGCCAAGACAACUGUUGUUGGAAGGGGAAGUCAAGAGAGCAUCCUCGAGCAGCAUGGCUCUGAUGGGAAGAUCGUACGAACAGAUGCAUUUACCGUUACUAUCGAAAUGAACAAGAUGGACAAGUCCUGAGCGUCUUCGUGGCUUAGGUUACUUCGUUGGAGUUCUGCUGGGAGAGCACUCAUUGCUUUACGGGUACAAGAGCACGCAAACAAGACUUGCCGUUGUUGAUGUUGAGACUUCGAACGCUA